AUGGAUCAGAUUGAAAGUGACAUGCUCGUCGACAACGAGUACGACGAGAAGGCCGACGUCGCCAUCAUAACGCCAGACACAGACGACCAAAUGGACGAGGUCGACGCCGACCCCGAGCCCCGCGCCGACGAAUACGAUGCCUUUAUGAAGAGACACAUGCCCAAGAAUCUCGAGUACGACACUGAAGCAGAAGUAUACAACACAUGGGAGAUCAAAGACUGGCGCCAACUUACACGACGCGAGCAUGGCCCCAUCUUCGAGUGCGGCGGACAUCCCUGGCGGAUACUGUUUUUCCCGUACGGUAACAACGUCGACUUUGCUUCCUUUUACCUGGAGCAAGCUUAUGAGGAGAAGCAAAUGCCAGAGGAUUGGUACGCAUGUGUCGAAUUCAUGCUCGUACUCUGGAACCCCAAGGACCCAACUAUUUACACCACACAUACCGCACAUCACCGCUUUACUGCUGACGAAGGCGAUUGGGGCUUCACGCGCUUUGCAGAACUAAGAAAACUUUUCAGCAACUCAUGGGAGGACCGAGGACGGCCAAUGGUAGAAGACAACGCAGCCAAUGUGACUGCGUACAUAAGAGUGCUCAAGGACCCCACUGGAGUGUUGUGGCACAAUUUUAUCAAUUACGACUCGAAGAAGGAGACCGGCAUGGUCGGGCUGAAGAACCAGGGCGCAACUUGCUACCUCAACUCGCUCUUGCAGUCACUAUUCUUCACUAAUGCUUUCCGCCAGGCCGUUUACCAGAUUCCAACCGCCGAAGAAGCCGACCGUUCCAACAGCGCAUACGCUUUACAACGGCUUUUCUACCUUCUCCAGACAUCGAACGGCGCCGUAGGCACGACAGAACUCACACAUUCCUUCGGUUGGGAUUCGAAACAGAUUUUCGAACAGCAAGAUGUACAGGAGCUAUCCCGCGUGCUCAUGGACAAGCUUGAUGAGAGGAUGAAGGGCACUGAAGCCGAAGGUGCCUUGACAAGGAUGUUCGUAGGCAAGAUGAAGACUUACAUAUCAUGCAUCAACGUCGACUACGAAUCAUCCCGGGUUGAGGACUUCUGGGAUAUACAAUUGAACGUGAGCGGAAACAAGAACCUCGACGACAGCUUCAAAGAUUACGUGCAAGUGGAGACCAUGGACGGUGAAAACAAGUACUUCGCAGAGGGCUUUGGGUUGCAAGAUGCCAAGAAGGGUGUCAUAUUCGAGAGCUUCCCGCCUGUGCUGCACCUCCAGCUCAAGCGCUUCGAAUACGACUUCACACGCGAUGCCAUGAUGAAGGUUAACGACCGUUACGAAUUCCCAGAGGUCUGGGACGCUGCACCAUACCUUUCCGACGGAGCCGAUCGAUCCGAAUCCUGGAUAUACCACCUGCACGGUGUUUUGGUGCACAGCGGUGAUCUCAACGCGGGCCACUACUACGCUUUCCUCAAGCCUACCAAGGAUGGACACUACUACAAAUUCGAUGACGACCGUGUGACUCGCGCCACACUACGCGAAGCCUUGGAAGAAAACUUUGGUGGCGACUACGCCCAGGCUAAUGGAAACACUGGCCAGCGUAACCCCUACACCAGAGCCUGGUCUGCCAAGCGCUCAAUGAGCGCAUACAUGUUGGUAUACAUCAGAGAAACCAGACUUGACCAGGUUCUCAUAGACAGCAAGGCUGUAGAGCCACCAAAGCAUUUGGCAGAACGACUUGCUGAGGAACGAGCAUUGAUGGAGCGCAGGAAGAAGGAGCGCGAAGAAGCUCAUCUCUACAUGGAUGUGGCAGUCGCAUCAGAUGAACAAUUCAAAGCACACCAGGGAUUUGAUAUCGUACCAUGGAAGAGCGAUCAAGAGACGCCUGCUAGCCCGAGGAUCUACCGCGUGCUCCGAGCCACCACAAUGGCUGACUUUGCAGCCACUGUUGCUCAAGAUUUAGGAACUGAAGCAGACAUGCUGCGGCCAUGGUCGAUGGUUAAUAGGCAGAACGGUACUAUCCGCCCGGAUACCGCUCUUGAAUUCCCCGAAAUGACAGUGGAAGAGGCCGCAAGCAAGCACGGCACGAAGCAGUCGCAAUUCAGGAUGUGGAUCGAGAAGGCCCAAGAACGCGAUGAUAGUGGAGCGCCAGUUUUUGGCGAAAAGCUAGUAGACCUCAAGGGUCAGACUAACAAUCGUCCAUUGAUGAUCUUCCUGAAACAUUUCGACGCGAAUGAACAGAGUCUGUUCGGUGUGGGCACCUUGUACGCGGCAUUCCAGGACAAGGUUUCUGAUCUAACCCCAGCCAUCACGAAGAUGUUGGGAUGGCCGACUGGUACGCAAAUCAAGCUUUCAGAAGAGAUCAAACAAAACAUGAUCGAAGCGAUGAAGCCAAAGAUUACAUUGGCAGCCUCGGAAAUUCAAGAUGGCGACAUCAUCACAGUUCAACGUGUAUUGAACGAGAAGGAAGUCGCUCAGGUAACAGCCCAAGGAGGCUACACCGAGGCAAAGGAAUUUUACGACUAUCUCCUGAACAGGAUCAACAUUGAAUUCGUGCCGAAGACGUCGGAUAUGGAUCUGCCUACAUUCUCCUUAACUCUCAGCAAGAAGAUGGCAUACGAUCAAUUCUCCAGCAAGGUAGCAGAGGCCCUCAAAACCGAUCCUAGCUAUCUACGCUUCACCACCGUCAGCACUGCUGGCAAGCCCAAACUACCUGUCAAGUACAAUGCCAAUUCGACAUUGAACAACAUACUCUUCCCUGGACCCUACAAUUAUUCUGCAAGCGCGAACCAGCGAAACGACGCCUUGUUUUACGAGGUUCUGGACAUGAGUCUGAAAGAGCUAGAGCAAAGAAAGCCUGUCAAGGUAACUUGGCUUCCAGAGGGUCUCAGCAAGGAGGAGGAGCACACCUUGAUGGUCCCUAAGAACGCCCAAGUUGCCGAUCUCUUGGUGGCAUUGCAAAAGAAAGCAAACAUCAGCGACGAAGUAAUGCCUAAGAUUCGUGCUUACGAGGCGCAUGUGAACAAGUUUCACAAAAUUCUGCCGCCAGACCAUUCUGUAAUGAGCCUCUACGACUACACGUCGAUCUUUGUCGCGCCUUUCCCUGAGGACGAGUCAUCGAAGAAGAUUUCUGUAUUCCACUUUGACAAAGAGCCAUCAAAAGCACACGGUGUGCCGUUCCAGUUUGCAUUGAAAGAGGGCGAGCCUUUCAGUGAAACAAAACAGCGACUCUCAGACUUCACCAAGAUCAAGGGGAAACAGCUAGACAAGAUCAGAUUUGCCCUUGUCGGCAAAGCUCAAUAUUCCAAGCCCGAACCAAUCGAUGAUGAUGAAGUCCUAUGGGAUACAGUGGGCGCACGAGAUGACAUAUCCCUUGGUCUCGAACACCCGGCCAAGACAAAGACGCUCUGGGGAAAGACCGACUCCAUCUUCAUUCGCUGA